CACCAUUUCAAGUAGAUUAACAAUACAGAAAAGUGUGUCGAAAAUUCAUCCAACACGAUGACAACUGGAAUCUAUCUGUUACAAGUUGCACUUUUUCUCACGUGGAAGAUUUUGCCGGGUACAGGACUCGUGGCGAACCGACAAGCCCGGCUUUUCAGCAGCAACAGUUUCGAUGUCAAGGAUGCAACAUCGUAUUGUAGAGGCCUAUCCAAGUUGAAUCGUCGUCAAGCUGUUUUCUGCGUUCAGAAACCCAGUGUCGUCAAAGUAUUGGAGAAAGGUUUUAAAGAGGGAAUCAGUGCCUGUGUGGAGAAGUUUAAGAACAACUCGUACACGAGGUGGAAUUGUACGAAUACCGCAAAGCAGAGCAAGAGCAAUGUGUUGUUUGGGAUUCCCAUGGCUGUUGGAACGAAAGAAGCAGCUGUAAUGCAAGCCUUUGGUGCUGUUGGGAUGUUCUUGACUCUAACACAAGAGUGUAUCCGAGGGAACAUACCUGAUUGCCCAAGCGGACAAAUGUACCGAAUGUGUCAAGGUAACGGAAGAGGAAAAUCAUGCUCCGUCAUAAACUGGGAGAUACCAAAGAAGCUGUUUUUUUCUUUCAUGCUAUCUGGUAAUGGAGGUAAAUACUGGAGAAGCCCAAACAGGUUCAUGGCAAGAUUCAACACGGCAAUAGGAGUAGUUGCUGUAAUGGAAAGUACGAUCAAGGCUUGUGACUGCUCACGACACGGGGCUAUAACAUCGCCUUGCUUGGCCAGCUCAACUUGUGCAGAACAGUUGCCGGUUUUAGAAGACAUAUCAACAUACCUGGUUGAUAAAUAUUUGAAAUCAAAAUCUUUCAGCCCAGUAAAGCCAAGAAGUGCCAUAAUUAGGGCGACAUAUCCUCCUGAGAUAUCUGGAGGCAAAACUGUUUUUAUACCAGAACCCAAGAUUCCGCCGGAGGUCAAUGGGAAAGAGCUGGUAUACUACAUGGCAAGUCCAUUGCACUGCGAACCGCAGAAAGCAUACCACUGGGGAGGAAUCGGAGGACGGCCGUGUCGACCAGAUGCAAAAGCGUUUGACAGUUGCAAUAUACUUUGCUGCGGGUUUGGAUACAUGAUAAUACCAGAAAUCGAUAAAAAGAACUGCAAAAUCACACUUAUGCCCAGGUUGUCUAUCAAGUGUGAGACGCGUGAAAUCUACAAGUACUACUGUAAAUACGUUUGGAUGGUGCGACGAAGACAAAAAAGAGGGAAAUUUGCCGUACCAUUGUCAUCACUGCGAGAUAAAAAUUCUCAUUUGCUCGAUCAGCUGACGUCACACCAAAAACCGUGAACAUCCUCGAAUAGACGAGUUUGGCCGAAGAGUUGAGAAACCAUUUAAGGCAUUGGUAGUCCUUAACGGCUGCUGCUGAGGACCCCAUUUCAAAUCUGUAGGCGGUACAUUUGCUAAAGUCUCGCAAAAUUAAUGGGAGUCUUGGUUAUGUGCAGGUUCCAUGUAAGGAAAAUACUGUAAAAUCCGUUGGACUGCCUCCAUUAAUAGCUUAUAGAUGCAAUACGGUCGUUGUUAAGCGCAAACAUGCAGCUAAUAGUCGAAUUAAAAGGCUAUAUUGAAGUUGUUGUGCUGUAUGUAAUAGUUCUAAGUUAUCAUUUUUGUGGAACCAAAGGGGAUAAGGCGAUAGGGGUGAAACGCUAAGGGCCUUACAAUCCAACGAAAUUUUCACUCUAACCUCAACAGUGGGUUAUGGUACAAUUUUUGAACUUGAAAUGUGAGCCAAAGAAUUAAGAAUAGAAAGCAUAUGAAAUUGAUAGUUAAAACGUAAUAACAUUUGUGAUCGCACCAUUUGCGAAGCCCACGAAAAAACUCAGUUGGCUAAAGAAUUUGUGAGUUGAGUGCUAAAAAGGGAAUGUGACUGAGGUUGGAUACCUCGAAAACCAAGCUGAAACAUCUACUGGUGAGAGUGAAAAAAAUUUUAAUCUCGUAGAUUUUAUUCUCAGCUUUAAAGCUUCCUUCACCAUCCGAGCAAUGGGCUUAACGAAAAUAUGUAAGAUCCAGGCCCGAGAAGUGGCCAGAAUGAUAUUUUGCUAAUAACUAAUAGCAAAAACAUAAGACCCUUUUUGGCGAAUGCUUUGUAUCACCCAAAGGCUAGGUUUAGAAGGACUAUUAUGCAAUUUAAAUGCUUUAGCCGAGGGACGUAGUUAUAGCAACGUCAUAUUGUCAAAAGCGUAAGGUAGAACAUUGCAAAUAUGUAUUUUUAGUCGAUAUUACGUCACUGUAAAUAGCACAUGCCUCAGAAUGUUAAACUGUAAGUAAUUUAGUAUUGCCUGAAUAAUUAAUUUAUAGACAUUUAUCUAUUGAUGUUUUUAAGUAAAUAUCACUUUUGUCUCAAAAUCUCGGAAAUGAUCUUAGCAUGUAAAUUACACUUAUUUAUCUUAUAAAAACCAAACAUCAAUAGUGAGUUUCUUGUGAAUGCUUCCUAGUCAAGCUCGAAUCAGUGCUCGGGAAAAAAGUCAACGUACAGACAAAUUCGUUUUGAACGAAAAAAAUUAUAGUGUGUCGUUUCAAAAAUGAGU